UGUAGGUUGAGCUAUGGCUAUGGCAGCCACUUGCUUGAACAUAGCACCCUCUCCGCCCUCUUGGCCUAUCAACAACGCCAGCCCCGGACUCCCAGUUGCACUGAAACGAUUCGUUUUGAGUUCCGUUCCACUCUCUUUAUCAUACCCGAAGAACAACAGAGGUGGAGUCUUGACGGCGUUGGCCGUAGUGGAAGAAGAACAUGCGGCGGUGAGUUUAGUGGCUGAGGAGGAAGAACAAGUGGUAGGCGAUAAUGGGUAUGAAGAGUGCGAGAGGCAUAAUGACGACGACGUUUCAGGGGAGGAGGGAUUGGAAAUGGAGAAACAGAAUCGGCAGCCAAGACCGUGUGAGCUGUACGUGUGCAAUCUUCCGAGAAGCUCUGACAUUGAGGACUUGAUGGAGAUGUUCAAGCCUCACGGGACUGUUUUCUCCGUCGAGGUUUGCCGGAGUCCGGAGACUGGUUUAAGCAGAGGCUGUGGUUAUGUUACAAUGGGGUCGAUCGAUUCUGCAAAAGCCGCCAUUGCUGCAUUGGAUGGGAUUGAUGUAGCAGGGAGGGAGAUGCGGGUUAGAUUUUCGGUUCAUAUGAGUCCGAGGACUAGGAACUCUGAGGCAUUGAAUUCGACACCGGUGAAGAACUUGGUGUACGAAAGCCCUUAUAAGCUCUAUGUUGGUAACCUUUCUUGGGCUGUCCAGCCUCAUGCUUUGAGGAGCCAUUUCAGCAAGUUUGGGACUGUGGCUAGUGCUAGAGUGUUGCAUGAUCGAAAAGCAGGGAAGAACCGGGCUUAUGGGUUUAUCUCGUUCUCUUCGGCUGCAGAGCGUGAUAAAGCGGCCUCUUUGGAUGGAACGGAGUUUUGUGGUAGGAGGAUUAUUAUUAGAGGACUUAAAGAAAGGGCUUAAUCUUGAAGGAGUAAACAAGGUUCAUCUGUUGGAACAAAAGGCCAUUCAUCAAACAAUGCCUGCCAGAUUCUAAAUUGUGCACUUUGGCAUCAUAAUUUUCCUGAAGGGCCUGAACUGUGGAGUUUCGGAGUAAUAUGACUGCCAAAGGUGCAACAAUGCUGAGUUUUUU